AUGUACCAGUCUUUUGGUGGAAGGCUUAAGAUUGUUGGAAGAGUUGGUGUUGGGAUCGAUAACGUCGAUCUGGCUGUGGCAACGGAGCACGGGUGUCUUGUGGUUGAUGCGCUGACGGCUAAUAUGGUUGCGGCUGCGGAGCAUGGGAUCGCGCUUCUCACUGCUAUGGCGAGGAAUGUCGUUCAGGCUGAUGCAUUUGUCAAAGCUAGCCAGUUAUCAAUAAAUGUU